GUUUUUGUGCUUUGUGCUGAAUGAGUGUUUGUUGAAAAGAAGAACGGUCUGGGGUUUGAUCCCCAAAAAAAUGAAUGUUAGUUGAGCUAUCCUUUCCCUCCAACCACAGCGGUGCAAGAGCGCGUCAACAGCAUCUCUUUUAUCUCUUACAGAACUGCAAAACCAUCCAGCAGCUUACCCAGAUCCAUGCUCAAAUCAUUACCACCGGGCUAACUCAGAAAAACUUCAUUCUUGGAAAGCUCCUAACAUUCUGCAUAAUCUUCCAAAGGCUGUCAUAUGCCACCCAAGUUUUCGAAUGGGUCAGAAACCCAAGCACCAUUCUUUGGAAUCAAAUCAUCAGAGGUCAUGCCAGUGGCGAACAGCCACCUCUAUCUGUUCUGUAUUUCCGGAAGAUGGAAAACUCCACUGCUUUACCUGAUGGGUAUACAUACUCAUAUGUAAUCAACAGUUGUGCAAAAGGGGUCUUGAUGUGUGAAGGCGAGCAAGUUCACGGCAAGAUAUUGAAAAACGGGUACUUCUCUGACGUGUUUGUUCAAAGUAAUUUGGUGAACUUCUACUCAGUCGUCAGUAGACAACAGGGAACUGUUAGUGCGAGUAAGGUGUUUGAUGAAAUGACUAAAAGAACUCCUGUGGCUUGGAAUUCACUGAUCUCUGGUUAUUUUAGGAGUGGAAAUUUCAACGAGGCAUCUCGGAUUUUCCACGAGAUGCCAGAGAAGAAUGGUGUUUCCUGGACUGCGAUGAUAGCUGGUUCUGCUCAGAACCACAGAUGCAAAGAAGCUUUGUCUUUUUUCCGUGCAAUGCGCAGGAACUGCGUGGAAAUUGACCAGGUGACUUUGGUGUCAAUUCUAGCCACUUGUGCAGAAAUGGCUGUCUUGGAUUUGGGCAGAUGGAUACAUUCUUACAUUCUUGAAUCCAUAAUUGCCAAAAGUGGGCAGGUGUUAAUAUCCGUGAACAAUGCACUCAUGCACAUGUAUGCCAGUUGUGGUGAAAUUAAGGAUGCUUAUAAGAUAUUCAUGGAAAUGCGCGAGAGAACUAUAGUUUCUUGGAAUACAAUGAUAACUGGUUUAGCCAAACAGGGUUAUGCACGGGAGGCUCUUACCAUAUUCGGGGAGAUGGAAACUUUAAAAGCUAAGCCGGACGAAAUCACAAUCUUGGGCAUAUUAUCUGCGUGUAGUCAUGCCGGUUAUGUCAAUGAAGGACGGUUUUACUUUAAACGAAUGAGAGAGUGUUAUGGAGUGGAGCCAAGAGUACAACAUUAUGGUUGCAUGGUUGAUCUCCUUAGUCGUGCUGGUCUCUCUAAUGAAGCAGAGAGACUUGUCAAGUGUAUGCCUAUGGUGCCAAACAAUGCCGUGUGGGGUGCUCUUCUAAGUGGCUGCAUUAUUCACAAGAACCUAAACCUUGCUUCAGACGUUGCACAGAAAUUUAUAGUCGAGCUUGAACACCCCGAAAGAUCAGCAGGCUAUUUCAUGCUCUUGUCAAAUGUGUAUGCCACUCACAAGAGGUGGUCUGCAAUCGGUAGCGUGAGACGGAAUAUGUUUGAGGUCGGAGUGAGGAAACCUCCAGGUCAAAGUUGCAUCCGAGUUGGUGGGGUCGACCAUGAUUUUUUUGCUGGUGACAGAAAUCACAAACAAACUUAUCUGAUCUAUGAGAUGGUUGAUGAAAUCACUGGGCAAGCUAAGUUGCAAGGAUACUACCAAUCUGACAUUUUGGAUUCUUUUUCAUAAUUCAUCAGCUCUUAGUAUUAUUAUUAUUAAUACGGAGUUAUCCGUGCACUCUAAGCAUAAUAAGCCAUAGAAGGGUACCAAACGGAGCGUAAGCAAAACAAGUAGCUUCUCGCUAACUUAUUUGGCUGAAAAAGCCUUUAGACUCAUAUUUUUAAUUUUUAAUAGAAGAGCUUCUCUUUAGUAAAAGAAUAGUUUUUAUUUUCCAAAAUAGUAACCCUUAUAAUUCUUGUCCUCGCGUGAUACUGAUCAGUGACCAAAUGAGCAGAUUAUUGAACCCAGUUACCACUGGUAAAAAGGCAAGUAACUUAACCAAUAAUACACAGAGAAUCCUUUCCCAAACUCAUCAUAAACCGGAAAGAGCCAAUCCUUAUCUUAAAAACUAUCUCAAAACUAAUCCCGCCAAAGCAGUGUUGCUGUUCCGUGACCUGCUGAGAAAAAAGGUUUCUUGCGUAGACAGCUACUCUCUCCUAUAUGUCAUCAACUCAUGCACCCAGAGAUCGUCAUUUGUUGAAGGAAAACAGUUCCAUGCGUUUUUCAUUAAACUGGGCUUUGAACUCAUAGUUUUCAUCCAAACAUCACUUGUACGAAUGUAUUCUUCUUCUGCAAAUCUUGAGCAUGCACGCAAGAUGUUCGAUGAAAUACCUAGCAAGAACGUUGUAUGCUGGACUUCGAUGUUCACUGCUUAUGUUCAUAACCAGAAACCCAGAAGAGCUUUAGAGGUAUUCUGGCAAAUGCUCGAGGCAAAAGUGGGUCCUGAUCCGGUGAUUCUCACAAUCACUCUAUCUGUGUGUGCUGGUGUCAGGGCACUGGAUGUGGGAGCUCAGAUUCAUGCCUACAUUUUAAAGAAAUACUGGUCCGGUACGGAUUUGCCUUUGACAAAUGCCCUCUUAAACUUGUACACAAAAUGCGGGGAUCUCAAAACUGCCAAGAUAUUGUUCAAUGGUAUGUGGAAAAAGGAUGUCACCACAUGGACUUCCAUGAUUCUAGGGCUUGCAAUCCAUGGCCAAGCAGAAGAAGCUCUCAGGCUAUUCACAUCCAUGGAAACAGCCAAAGGCGAAGUAGUGAUUCCGAAUGACGUUACAUUCAUAGGAGUUCUAAUGGCAUGUAGUCACACAGGAAAGGUAGAACAAGGCAAGAGGUAUUUCAGAAGAAUGAUUCAAGAAUAUUGCAUAAAGCCCAGACUAUCCCACUAUGGGUGUAUGGUGGACCUGUUUUGCAGAAAAGGGAUGCUAAAAGAAGCAUAUGGUUUCAUUAUGGAAAUGCAAAUUUCUCCGAAUGCAAUUAUAUGGAGAACACUGUUAGGGUCGUGUGGCAUUCAUGGCAACAUUGAGCUUGCUGCAGCAGCUUACAGCAAGCUGCUGGAAAUGGAAGAGGCACUUACUGGGGAUCAUGUUGUUAUGUCUAAUAUAUAUGCUGCCAAAGGCAUGUGGGAGGAGAAAGUGAAGCUUAGAGAUGAGAUGGGGCAUAGAAGGAUUCCAGGUUGGAGUUCAGUCAAGGUGGGGAGUUUCCUUUCAUGAUUUUGUUGUAAAAGAUCAUAAACCUUGAUCUAUCUAAUCCAAUAAGUCUCCUUUCACUGGUUUGGUUAAAUGAAUUUUUAUUAUUAUUUGGGAGUAGAGUAUAAAGGAAUUAGAGAAACUAUUAUGUAGAAUCAGUCAACUGCAACAUUUAAAUGUUAAAAAUUGAAUACAAA